CAGGUACAUGUCAGUUUCAACCAAGACCUCUGUUGAUUAAUACAUCCAGUUGGGGCCGAUAGUUUGAUACGGUGAAAAUUUGUAACAAAAUUAAAAUUAGGGAUAAAAUUGAAAUAACAACAUGUCUAUGGAUAUAGUUAACGACACUGUACAGGCGAAUGUAGCGAAUCAAUCCUUUGCGUCGAGCUCUAUCUUCAACUCGUUUUUGACGGCAGCUGUUGGUUUGGUUCUUAUACUUGCCUUAUACGAGUACUGGCGCCGUAAUACCCGCGCAUAUAAAUUACUGAAGAAUAUACCAACAGUACCGGAAUAUCCUGUUGUUGGACAUGGUCAUUAUGUCCUGCUACGAAAUAAUCCAGAAAUGCUUGACAUUUUUGUUGACCUAAUGCGAAAAGGCGGCGACACAUUACGUCUAUCCUUGGGUCAUAUUAAUGUCGUAGCGAUAAGUAAUCCAGUUGAUGUGGAAAUAUUUUUAAGCGGUCAAAAGCAUUUGGAAAAGUCCGUAGAAUAUCGUUUCUUUCAUCCAUGGUUCGGCGAUGGCCUAUUAGUAUCGAAAGGUCAUCAUUGGCGUCACCAUCGUAAAAUGAUUGCUCCCACCUUUCAUCAAAGCAUAUUAAAGAGUUUUGUUCCGACUUUCGUUCAGCACUCUAAAGACGUAUGUGAUCGUUUGUUGGCUAAAGUUGGUAAAGAUUUUGAUUGUCAUAAAUACAUGUCUGAGACAACAGUCAAUAUAUUAUUAACUACCGCGAUGGGCUUGAAAAAACAACCCGAACUGGAGACGAGCGCCGAAUAUGCUCAGGCUGUUAUGGAUAUGUGCGAUAUCAUACAUAAUCGCCAGAUUAAAAUGAUGUAUCGCAUGGACGCUUUAUAUAGGUGGACGAAUAUGCGGCAAAAGGAUAAUAAAUUAAUGAACAUAAUAUUAACUAUGACGCAAAAAGUUGUUGAGGAACGUAAAAGGAAUUUUAAUGCCGACGAAAGAGCGGUUAUUGAGAAAGUUGCUGCCGCGUCGGGUAAGAAGACGAUAAAUGAAAAGAAGGAAGGUUUACGUGAUGAUUUGGAUGAAAUUGACGAGAACGAUGUCGGCGAGAAGAAACGUUUGGCCUUAUUAGACGCAAUGAUGGAAAUGGAAAAGAAUCCGAAUAUUACGUGGACCGAUAAAGAUAUUAGGGAUGAAGUGAACACAAUUAUGUUUGAAGGACAUGAUACGACGGCUGCUGGUUCUAGUUUUGCCCUUUGCAUGCUCGGUAUUCAUCAAGAUAUACAACAGCGGGUAGUUGAGGAGCAGGAAGCUAUCUUCGGUCUUGAUAUGCAGCGUGAUUGUACGUUUGCCGAUACGUUGCAAAUGAAUUAUUUGGAACGCGUAAUAUGUGAAACCCUUCGGUUAUUCCCGCCCGUACCGUUAAUUGCUCGCAAAGCUGAGGAGGAUGUUAAACUGGCGUCGGCGCCCUACCUCGUACCGAAGGGCACCUCCGUUUUAAUAAGUCAAUUUAUCAUUCAUCGAAAGGCUAGUCUCUAUCCCGAUCCCGAUAAAUUCGAUCCUGAUAGAUUUUUACCGGAACGCACCGCACAAAGGCAUUAUUACAGUUUUAUACCGUUUAGUGCUGGACCGCGUAGUUGCGUCGGUCGCAAGUUCGCUAUGUUGCAACUGAAAGUUUUACUUUCAACCAUCAUUCGCAAAUAUAAGGUCUUCUCAAGUCGUACCGACAAAGACUUUAGAUUACAAGGUGAUAUCAUUUUGAAAUUGGGAAACGGCUUUCAAAUUUCUCUUGAGCCACGUACCUAUGCUAACUUGUGUGUAACGCAGCAAGAUUUGAUGAAUUCUUCAGCUCGCCGUUGUCCUACACUUUGCGUCGAAGGGCUUUGCCGCGAUACCAGCCUUGUGAUGUGGCUGCUUGGUACGUCACAAAAAGGGUGUGAAAUCAUUUCAGCACAAGCUGACAAAUCAUUUCAUGGCCUUUCGAGCAGCUUGACUGUCGGACAAUCGAUCAUGUUGAUAUCGUCGGCGACUGAGACGACUGUCUCAGCGAUUGUGCCAAAUCCUUGGUUAACGUUAUUCGUUGGUCUAGUUACGAUAGGCGCAUUGUAUGAAUAUUGGCGGCGUAAUACGCGCGAAUAUAAAUUAAUGAAGAAUAUACCGACAUUCCGGGAAAUGCCUAUCGUGGGACAUGGACAUUUGGGUAUUGGUUUUAAUACGGUAGAGAUUGGUUUAAAUCUAAUUGCAGCCCUUGCAAAAUUGGGAGAAACAGCCCGUGGAAAUUUAUUUCAUAUAAUUGCGGUAGUAAUUACGAAUCCCAAGGACAUUGAAUUAUUUUUAAAUGGCCAUAAGCACUUGGAGAAAUCGGAUGAGUAUCGUUACUUUCAGCCUUGGUUUGGCGAUGGUUUGCUUAUAUCCAAUGGCCAGCAUUGGCGUCAUCAUCGCAAAAUGAUUGCUCCCACUUUUCAUCAAAGUAUAUUGAAAAGUUUCAUUCCAACUUUCGUUAAACACUCGAAAGCGGUAUGCAAUCGUUUAAAUGAAACUAUUGGUCAAGAGUUUGACGCACAUAAAUACAUGUCAGAGGCAACAGUUGAUGUUCUAUUGACUACGGUUAUGGGUAUCAAGACCGAGCCCGAAACUGAAAAGAGUGCUGAAUACGCGCAGGCUGUCAUGGAUAUGUGUCAAAUUAUACAUAAUCGUCAGUAUAGACCGUUAUAUCGGCUAAACGCCACUUAUAAAUGGACGGCAAUGCGGCAAAAAGGUGAAAAAUUGUUAAACAUAAUAUUAAAUAUGACUCGACAAGUGAUAAAAGAACGAAAACUUAACUUUAAUGCUGAUGAGAGAGCUAUUAAGGAGAGAUUGGAUGAUUCAUUAUUAUCGAGUCGAAAGAUUUCGACAGCGAAGAAGACGGGAUUGCGGGAUGAUUUAGAUGAUAUCGAUGAGAAUGAUGUGGGCGAAAAGAAACGUUUAGCUUUAUUGGACUCUAUGCUGGAAAUGGAAAAUGAUCCCAAUAUUGAAUGGACCGACAAGGAUAUAAACGACGAGGUCAAUACCAUUAUGUUUGAGGGUCACGAUACGGUUGCCGCUGGUUCUAGCUUCGUAUUAUGUCUUCUCGGCAUUCAUCAAGACGUGCAGCGAAAAGUUUAUGCCGAACAAAAAGAAAUUUUCGGUAAUGAUAUGUUACGCGAUUGUACAUUUGGCGAUACAUUGCAUAUGAAUUAUUUGGAACGCGUGAUAUGCGAGACAUUUCGCUUAUAUCCGCCAGUGCCCGCGGUAGCACGUAAAGUCGAAGAAGAUACUCAAUUGGUAUCAGGACCUUAUACGAUAGCAAAAGGUACAACUGUUAUAAUACCGCAAUAUUUCACUCAUCGUCGUCCUGAUAUCUAUCCGGAACCUGAAAAAUUCGAUCCGGAUCGAUUUUUACCGGAAUGUGCAAUUAAACGACACUAUUACAGUUUUAUACCAUUUAGCGCUGGACCACGUAGCUGCGUUGGACGCAAAUAUGCUAUGCUGCAAUUGAAAGUGUUGCUCUCUACUAUGACACGACGCUUUGCGAUCGUUUCGAGUCGUACCGAGCAAGAUUUUCUAUUACAGGCCGAUAUUAUUUUGAAAUUAGCAAACGGUUUCAAUAUAUCUCUGGAGCCACGAGUCAUUGUUUAAAACGAUUAAACGGAAGAGAUUUCUCUUACUUUUAAUUGCACAUAAUCUUUACUUAUAUUGAGAAGUAAUUCACUUUUAUAAUUUAACGAUAACUCGAAUUUUUCUUACGAAUUAUUAUUUAUAUGAUAAACAUCUCUUCAAUAGUACUUCAAUAAUAAAAUUACAAUGCUCAAUGAAAAAUACCGUUUAUCUAAAAAUAGAUUUCAAUUUCAUUUUGAUUUUAUCAAAGAGAAAGGAAACACUUUAUGUAAAUCAU